UUGGAGUGUGGUUUGUGUUUACGAUGGCUGGAAUAAUUCGGUCGCUGGUUUCUUCAAAAAGCAUUAAUAUUUUCAGCAAUUCGCUAAAGACCGUUAGUAGCCACAGAUAUGCGAGUUCGAACCGAGUGAAGCGCAUAAAAAAACCAGAAAUUACGGAUCGUGAUGCGAAUCAGGCCAAAUCGGCCGCUAUGCGAGCGGAAAACGAGGAACAGGGUGCCAUUUUCGCAGGCAAACGCUUCCAAUCCGUCGCACAAUCGCUGUCCACCCGUGGAUACCUACGAGCGGUAAAACCGUACCAGCCACCGGCGAAUGUGGAGGAACAGCUUGAGAGCAUAGCCAAAGCAAGCGGAAUUACUGAUCGCAAGGGCAUAUUCAGCGGACCGGAACAGAAGUUUACCUUUUUGAACGCUUGCUGCGAUGCAUUUGGCCACUCUGUACCAAACUCAGUGCUGCAUGAAGUGCUGACGGUUGAGGAUGCCCUCGUGUUCUAUCAGACACCGAUCGAUACGAGACUUCCGCUGGACGCCAUUAGCACCAUGGAGCUACCGGAGAAUCUGUACAUCCAGCAGGACCCAGUACGUUUCCACCCGGAAACGGAUACGAUGUUCGGUGGAAAGUCUGCCUUCCCUAAGAGCUCCACGAUCGUUACCGGCAUCAAGUACAAACAGAAAUACCGUGGUCACGAGGCGAAAAAGUCUUGGCCCUAGGGGUGCACUAGCAACUGUUGGCUCGUAGUCAUAGCUCAGAAGUUUGGGGGAUGUAAUAAAUGUGUUAAAACAAAGGUA